CGGAGUCAGGGUUGUCAAUACACCCCGUCCCGCCAUGAGCGACCAGAAAGAGCGAAUGGUCCCCGCGGACAGGUCCAACUGGAACGCCAUCCUUAAGUGGUCCAUGGCGCAGCAAGGGGACGGCACGUCGUCAGAGCCCGCGCGCGAGAUCUCGGAGGAGGACAGGCGGUGGCUCCUCGACGCCAUGGCGAGCGGGUUCAUAGACGAGAUUAAGCGCAUGAAGGACAUCAUAGCCUGCAUCAGCGCCGGGAUCGAAGCGACGCACGAUGCCGAGGAGAUCGACGCGCGGGUGGAGCUCAUGGAGGAGCUGACGGACCGCGUGAGCGGCGUAGACAACGGCGGGGAUCUGCACACGCUGGGAGGCUUGGAGCCCCUCGUGCGGUACGUGGCGUCGUCGCCGCACGCCAGGCUACGCGCCGCCGCGGCGGAGGUGCUCGGCACGACGGUACAGAACCACCCGAAGGCGCAGGAAGCCGCGCUGGGAUGCGACGCGAUGGAUCCGCUGCUGCGCAUGGCCGCGGGCGAGGGAGACGACGCGCCGCCCACCGACGCCGCCCAAGCCGAAUCCACCACCACCGCCCAAGGGGACGCGUCCGAGGGGACGAAGGAGCUCGUCAAGGCUCGCGUCAAGGCUCUAUUCGCGCUCUCGUGCCUCCUCCGAGGAUGUACAAGGGCCCAGGAGGCGUUCCAGCUCGGCGACGGCUUCGCGCUGCUGAAGAACUGCCUACGCGUGGACCACGCGCGGCUGCGAACGAAAGCGCUGCACCUGGCGAGACACCUGGCGACGCUGGACAUGAGGUUCAUGCGCGCGUGCGUAGACGCGGGGUACGUUCUCGCCGCCGCCGCGUCGCUCGCGGGCUCACUCCCUCGCGUGUUUGAUCGUGAUGCAGAUGCAGAUGCGAAUGCGGACCUUUCUGCGGAUGCGUUCACGGAGGAGGACAUCGAGAAGGGUCAGGUUCGGGAGGCUGCGCUGCGUCUCAUGGUGGACGUGGCGCGGAAGGUUGACUUUGACGCGGUGCCGAAGGCGGUGGACCACCUCCGGUCGGCGAUCGUCGUCAACGCCAUCAACGCGGUGGGUAAGGCGUAUACGCGCUUCGGCCGGGAGGAGAAGGAGACGUACAGGGACGAGAUGCAGCUCUGCGCGCAGCUGGCGAAGAUGUUCGAGUGAGCGUAGGCGGUAGCCGACGGGGAGUUGACGAAACGCUCCUCGACGGACGUUUUCGCGAAGAAAAUACUAGACUAUGUAUUC